GGUGAUGUGGCGGUGGGGUGGUUGGAGCGGCGGGAUCUCAUGUUCCUCAACGGCAAUGGUGAUGUGUACGACAUCAUCGACGCCAUGGAGGCGGGGUACGGCAACACCACUGACACCGCUGCCCCCUCCUCCUCCUCCUCCUCCUCCGCCUCCUCCAAGCGGCGGCUGCAGCGGCGGUCGGUGCCCCGGGGCGCCGCAGUGGACCCCGACCCGCUGCGCAUGUCACUCAAGCUGGGGCUGCAGGGCAAGUGUUCCGCGCUGCUCAAGGUGACUGGCGACCUGGGUGAUCUGCUGCUGGGGCACUCCACGCACGACUCCUUCACCGCCAUGACGCGCAUCUACAAGCACGUCAGCUGGCAGGGGCUGGCGGAGGGCAGCCUGGCGGCUCGCAGCGUGUCCUUCAGCAGCUACCCGGGCGAGCUGUUCAGCGACGACGACUUCUACCUGCUCAGCAGCGGUCUGGCGGUGCUGGAGACCACCAACCACAUCUACGUGGGCUCCGCCUUCGCGCCGCUCACCCCGGCCUGCGUGCUCAGCUGGCAGCGGCUGCGGCUGGCCAACUGGCUGGCGGGCAGCGGGGAGCAGUGGGUGGAGCUGUUCAGCAGGCACAACAGCGGGACGUACAACAACCAGUACAUGAUUGUGGACACCAAGCGCUUCCUGCGCCACAAGGAGAUGCGGCCGGGGCUGCUGUGGGUGGUGGAGCAGCUGCCGGGAAUGAUAAAGUCCGCCGACAUGACGGGUGAGCUGAGUCGCGGCUACUGGCCCUCCUACAACGUGGCCUUCUUCCCUGAGGUCUACCAGGCGGCGGGGUACCCGGACAUGAUCUCCCGGCUGGCUGCCCAGGGCGCCCACAAGUACUCCUUCCCCAUCCGGCUGCUGCGCUACCAGGUCGCCCCUCGCGCCGCCAUCUUCCGGCGCGACCAGGGCGGGGUGACGGAGCUGGAGGGACUGAAGCGGAUCAUGCGCUACAACGACUGGCAGCACGACCCGUACGCGGAGGGCAACCCGGUGGGGGCGGUGUGCCCGCGGGGGGACCUGCUGGAGGGGCCGCAAGCCAUUGCCAAGGGCUGCUACGACUCCAAGGUCACCAGUGCCAGCAUGAUUGCCCGCAUGGAGAGCGAGGUGGUGGGCGGGCCCACGGCGCAGGGUCAGCCCCCCUUCAGCUGGUCCGACCCCCGCUGGACCUCCCUGCCCCACCGCGGUAUGCCCAACACCUUUAACUUCACCUUUGAGCGCAUGAGCCCGCGGGACCUGCCCACACGCGGGGAGUGCAGGCAGGCGGAGCAGCAGCAGCAGCAGGCGGUGGUGGCGGCAGGGGGGGUGGCCGGGAGGUUCGUUGUGCGGUCGGUGGAUUGAGGGCCUGAAGGGAACGAGUGUGGGUGGGUGCGUGGUUGGCUGGGUGAUGGUGUGGGUGUGGGUGUGUUGUGGCGUGAUGGCGGCGUGAUGGGCGUUCUGUGCAUUCGGGGGAGCGAGAGGGG